CGUACAAAGCCAAAAGAGAACUCGAAGCUGGGACUCCGACGAGCAAUGACAAUGUUUCCCACAAGCUCACUGUUAGCUUGCUCCUACUCCCCACUAUGCCCAAGGCGAGUCUGCACUCCAUGCCUCACCUCACCGUCGUCCAUCCUCUUCCUCCGUGGCUCGGGCUCCGCCGCCCUUGCCAUGCUGGCCUCCAUGCUCUCCCACGGCCGCGCUCCGCCGCAGGCCAUCAUGUCCGUGGAAAGGGACUUGCACAUGGCAACCGGCGAUGGAGAGAACAGCUACGCUAUCAAUUCCAUCUUCCAAAGGAAGACGGUAAUGGAGACAUGGCCCGAGCUCCACAAGGCCGUCAGAGAGGCGCUCAAGUCGCUGUCGACCAUUGGGAUUGGGACUGGGAGCACGACGACGAUGGUGGCUGCUGACCUCGGAUGCUCGUCGGGGCCGAACACGCUGCUCGUCGUCUCCGAGGUGAUGAACACGAUCGGCGCCCAUGUCGUCCAGGAAGAACCGGCAGAUAACUAUGGCAGCCGCGCCGUCAUGGAGGUGCAGUUCUUUCUGAAUGAUCUGCCGGGCAACGACUUCAACCUUGUGUUCCGGUCGCUCGAUCAGCACCAGCACCAGCAGCGGCGGCUCCAAGGCCAUGGCCUGAUGGCCGCUGUGGAGGAGAAGCAGGCAGCGGUCCCUUGCUAUAUCGCCGGACUGCCUGGAUCCAUGUACACAAGGAUUUUGCCCUGCCAGAGCGUCCAUCUGUUCCACUCAUCCCACUGCCUCAUAUGGCGUUCCAAGAUCCCUGAAGAUCUCUCAAACGGAACUCAUGUGAAUGCUGACAACAUCUACAUUGGGAAGACUACUCCAAAAGUUGUGGUAGACCUGUUCCAGGAACAAUUUGAAAAGGACUUUGAAUUGUUCUUGUCACUACGACACAAAGAACUUGUAUCAGGUGGUAGCAUGGUACUAACAUUUGCUGGCCGGAAGCCGGAAGAGAUGCCAAUGCAAGGGGGCGUGGCACGCGUUUGGGAAGUUCUUUCCCAAGCGCUCGAAUACCUAGUCCACAAGGGCCGUGUGGAGAACAAGAAACUAAGCUCCUUCAACAUGCCAUACUACGCACCAUCACUAGAUGAGGUGACACAAUUGAUUAAGCAGAAUGAUCUAUUCGACAUUGAAGACACGAGACUCUUUGAGUCAAACUGGGAUGCCUACGAUGAUUCAGAUGGCGAUGUUGUUCUCAAUUGUUCCGGCAGUGCUGAAAACAUAGCUAAGAUUAUAAGGGCUGGUAUUGAGCCACUGAUCAUGAAUCAUUUUGGUGAGGAUAUCAUUGAGGAACUGUUCAUGGUGUAUGCCUCCAUCCUUGCAAAGAACCUCGAGAAAGGGAAGGCCAUGUGCCCUGUCAUUGUGGUCAUGUUGAAGAAGUCCGAACUUUGAAAUUUGCCAUAUAUUGAGGUCAUUACUUGCCGGAGUGCAUCAAAUAACUGAUAUGCCCUA